AUGACAGGCUCGACAAAGUUGAAUGGAACAAUAGAUUUUGGUCUGUGGAGAGAAAGGCUGAAGGGAAUUCUUGGAGGUCAAAAGAUUGCAAAGGUUCUUGGUGAUCAGAAGAUAUCUGAUAUGCGAUUGCAUAUCAUUUUGUCCAAUGACCAAAAUUUAGAUUGUGGUUUUGUAACCAUUGAGACUGUUUUUAAUUGUAUUGAUGUGCUGCUAGUUGAUUACGUGCCAACUGUUUUGGACAAUUUCAGUGCAAAUGUUGUUGUGAAUGGAAGCACUGUUAACUUGGGAUUAUGGGAUACAUCCGGACAGGAGGACUAUAAUAGGUUAAGACCCUUGAUUUAUCGUGGGCCAGAUGUUUUUAUACUGGCAUUCUCUCUCAUUAGAAAAGAUAGCUAUGAAAAUGUUUCCAAGAAGUGGAUUCCAGAAUUGAAGCAUUAUGCACCCAGUGUCCCAAUUAUUCUUCUAGACCUUCGAGAAGAUAAGCAGUUCUUUAUAGACCAUCCUGGUGUCGUGCCAAUUACUACAGCUCAGGGGGAGGAACUGCGAAAGCUUAUUGGAACACCUGCUCAUAUUGAAUGCAGUUCAAAGACACAGCAGGUAUGUAGUAGUAUCACUUGCUCAGUAAACUUAGCUUUUUCCUUCUAAUGAAAUUGGCUUUUUUUCUUAACAAACUU